CCUUUACAAGAUACUAUUUGUAUAGUGAACCUGGUACUUCUCAAUUAAUACAUGAGCAAUCUCCAUUGCAAGAAGAUGACUUGUGUGUGCAAAUUUUAACAGAAAACAAGACUCAUAAAGCAAACGAUCCGAAAGCAAAGAGCAAGAAAAAAAACAAAAAAAAAGCAAAGAAAACUAAAAAACCUACAAAAGAUCAAGAAAAAGAAAAAAGUAAAAGAAGUGACCUGGAUUACGAUUCUGAUCAAUUUGUUAAACUAACGGAUAAAGAAAAUAUGACUGCUUGGGACGACGAAGUAAACGGAACAACUAUUAAAAUGAUGCACUUGAAAUACGGUAUUUCAAUACCGUAUACAAUAUGGAAAGAAAUAAAAAAAUUGAGAAGACCUUCGUUAUUUGUUAGGCAAUUGAGCCGAUCACUUUGGGGAGUGCACAAAUUGAUGAAUAGAGCUGUAGUGUUAGAAAAAUGUAAAAAUAGAUUGCCAAACCGAUCCCCGAGAAAGCCACUGACACCAGUAAAAAAGGCUGUUUUAAGAAAAUGCUAUUCAGCUUUUAUUGAGAUGCAUCACAAAAAAGAAAAAAAGAAACUGAUAAAUAAAUGGACACGCUAUUUAAGCAUCUACAUCAAUUUUCUUAUUGAAACAAAAAUAAAAGAAGAAGAAGAAAAUCAAAGAAAACUUCAAUGUGCAUCGCCCAAUUCAUCAGCCUCUUCACAAAGUCGUUCUUCACAAAGCGCAGAUUCAAAUUCCAAUAAAUCAUCCAAUGAAUCAUCAGAUAGUGAUUAAGUUUAGUUUUACCAAUGUUAAAAUGAGUUUAACCCUCGGUUGUCACACCGGGUCAAAAUGACCCCAACCAAUUUUCAAACAGCUACAUGCUGUUCAAAAACUAACAGUUUAAGUAGAUUACAAAAAAUUCUAGAAUUAAGUUUAAACAUUGUAAAAUGUAUCCUUAUUAUAUAAAGAAUUAACUUUUGGCAUUAUUCUAAAAAAAUUCUUUUAAAAAAUGUUUAAAGAAGAGGUGUGACAACCGAGAGUUAAUGUUAUCAUAACGUAUAUAUCUAAGUUGUUUAUGUUAUAUGCUAUUUAUUUUAUUAUAUUAGUUGCUUUCCAUUUACACUCAAGUGAUCUGAGUCACUCAGUUAUGUGAGUAUUUUACACUCAGGUAAGAUAUGUCAUUUUGUAUUUACCUGCUUAUUUUGAUAACAAAGCAGCUAUUGCGUAAUAAUACGCACGGUUUAUAGCCUCAUUUUUAAUGUGAGUCUAUUAGAUUCAUCAAAGCACAUGGUCUCGAUUGUGCAUAAAUACUCAGUUGAAUCUCACUUGCAGCAUGCAAAAAGAACGUGCAUUUAACUGAGUUAUGACGUCACAAGUGAGAAUUAUUUGAGUUGAUGUAAAUGGAAAGCAACUAUUGUUAUAUGUGAUAUACUCAUUUAUAUACUUAAAAAGUUGACUCAAAUAAAAUUAUAGACAAUAUAAUAAAAUUAUAGACAAUAUAAAAAUAAA